AAUCAACAACCCAGUGCACCCUCGGCUCAACAACAGUCUUCGCGUUGACACACAAUGUAACAGUUGGUCCACAAAUCCGUACUCUUCCCGCGGCUAAUAUGGCCGAUUGCUCGGAUCAUUGCAUUGCUUCAUUGGAUUGCACUGGUUUCGAAUUUUUGGCUGCUAAUUGUCAAAUUUAUGGAAAUGGUGAUAAAAAAGAGAAAAAGGAUCGUCUCUUCUCGAAAACUUGCACAAAGUCAGAACGCGUUUGCUCAUCUCCUUUCCAUUUCGACGUGUUUGAGCAGAAAAUUCUUGUCGGUUUCGCUCGUGAAGUCGUCCCAGCUGAUACGAUUCAGGCAUGCAUGUCAGCUUGUUUAAACGCUUUUGACACUUUCGGCUUCGAGUGCGAGUCUGUGAUGUACUAUCCAACUGAUCAGGAAUGCAUUCUGAACACUGAAGAUCGAUUGGAUCGGCCAGAUCUCUUUGUUGAUGAAGUUGAUGACACAGUCAUCUAUAUGGAUAACAAUUGUGCUGGAUCUCAAUGCUAUGCCCCAUAUCUCACACAAUACAUCGCUGUCGAGGGAAUGCAAUUGGAAAAUGAGCUAGAUCGAAUCAUCAAUGUCGAUUUGGAGAGUUGCGAGAGUUUGUGCACACAACGACUCUCACUUACGACAAACGACUUCAAUUGCAAGUCUUUUAUGUACAACAAUUUGACGAGAACAUGCAUUUUGUCUGAUGAGAGAUCAGCUCCCCUUGGACGUGGGAAACUCGUGAGCACCGAGGGAUUCACAUACUACGAGAAGAAAUGCUUUGCUUCUCCAAACACUUGCCGUAACACUCCAUCAUUUGUACGUGUUCCCCAGAGAAUUCUUGUCGGUUUUGCCGCUUUUGUCAUGGAAAAUGUCCCCUCGGUGACAAUGUGUCUCGAUCAGUGCACAAAUCCCCCACCAGAAACCGGUGACGAUUUCGUGUGCAAAUCGGUGAUGUACUACUACAAUGAACAGGAAUGCAUUCUCAACGCGGAAACUCGUCUCUCGAAACCCGAUCUUUUCAUUCCUGAGGGUGACGAGUUUCAGGUUGACUACUUCGAUAUCGCUUGUCAUUUGAACAAAGAAGAGUGCCCGGCUGGCACCGCGCCAAAG